CUCACCUUAGUAACAUGUAAACACAGAUCGUUUUUGUUGAUCAUUAUUGGCACGAUUUUGCUCAGUAGAAAGUGGUAGGAUUACUGAUUUGAAGAUCCAAUAAGACGCCCCAGCCCUGACCAACCAUGUACUGCCGCUAUCGGAGUUUAAUCAACCCCUACUCGUUCGGCUACCCGAGUUACUCUUAUGGAUACAACUUCGGCGGGAGCGGCGGCGGCGGCGACAAUGACUCCAGUUCCGGUGGAUACAGUUCGCCCUUCUGGAAUGAGUACUAUUACGGGCGGGCGCGGCGGACGCCAUACUACUGGGUGCGGGACAGUUUAUUUUGCAGACGCGGUCGAGGAGGGCGCCAUGCAUCGGAAGAUAAACCCAAAGAAGAGAGGCCCGAGACUCCACCGAAACCCGUGCGACCGGAACCGCCAAAGGUUGAGCUGGCCAAGAAGAUAAAUGUCUUGGACAUUGAUCUGCACAUCCCGGAAAACACGCUAAAACACAAAACUGAUGACUACAGGCGGACGAAGGAGCGGAAGGUUGACGGCAAUGAACUUCCGGCUGAGCUCGUUAUCAGGCGCGGAGAUAGCUUCAAGGUCACUUUGAAACUUGACAGGCCAUACAGCAACGAGAAAAAUGACGUCAAAAUCAACUUCGCUUUGGGCGAAAAUCCCCUGCCGACACGUGGAACGGAAGUGGAGUUUGAUGUGGAUGAAACUGGAAAUGGAACGUUCAAGGCCGACGAUUGGGGCGCCAAUAAGCUCAAGCAGAACGGAAACGACAUCUCCCUACAGAUAUUCGUGCCUGCAAACUGUAUUAUCGGCGAGUGGACGAUGUCGGUGAAGAGCUACUCUUUCGGGAAGGACAAGGACGGUAACGACACCACCCUCGUCUUCCGGUACGAGCUGGACACGGAUAUAGCCAUACUAUUCAACCCUUGGUGCAAAGAUGACGGCACGUACAUGGAGAAGCGGAAACCGGCGGACCCGGAGAACUCGGAUGAGACGUACGACUUGGAUGAGUACGUGCUUAACCCUUCCGGUUGCGUCUACCAGGGGAAUGCUUUCACACGCGGGGCUAAGCCGUGGAACUUCGGACAGUUUGAAGAGGGUAUUUUGGACGUGUGCUUCUCGCUGGUUCGGAGGGGCUUCGGACCGAAAAACAUUAGAGCUAUGGCACAGCCCACCAAAGUGGCUCGUAUGAUCGCCAAGAUGGUAAACGCAUUUGACGACAACGGUGUACUUGAGGGUAACUGGUCGGGUAAAUAUGAAGGCGGCAACAAGCCGUGGGCGUGGGUGGGGAGUGUGAAGAUUCUACAGGAACACAAGAAGACUGGACUUCCGGUUAAAUUUGGACAAUGCUGGGUGUUUUCUUGCGUCACGACCACUGUGUGCCGGGCGUUAGGCAUCCCGUGCCGCUCUGUGACUAACUUCGCCUCCGCCCACGACACAGACGAGAGCCUGUGUAUCGAGAAGUACUUUAGCGAUGAAGGGAAACACCUACCAAACCUGUCCUCGGAUUCUGUGUGGAAUUUCCAUGUGUGGAACGAGGUGUGGCUUGUGCGGCCGGAUCUGGAGCCUCGCCGGAAGUACGACGGUUGGCAGGCGAUCGACGCCACGCCACAGGAGACGAGUGAUGGUGUUUACACGUGCGGUCCGGCGCCGCUGUCUGCGAUAAAGGACGGCUUGUGUGACACCAACUUCGACUCCGGUUUCGUGUUUGCAGAAGUUAAUGCUGACGUAGUUCACUGGAAGCGUCUGCCAAACGGAAAUACCAAACGUCUGAGGAUACUAAAGCAAAGUGUUGGGAAGAAAAUCAGUACGAAAAUCCCGGACGGCAAGCCGUACAUGAUACCUGGCCUGACUAGCGAGGAUAGCGAUAUACCUUAUUCCGAGAUCCGCCGCUUUGACGUCACGCACUUGUACAAGUACAAAGAAGGCUCUGAUGAGGAGCGUCGCGCUGUGAUGAUGGCGCACAGGACCGCCAAGUCACCAAUGGAAGGCACCUACGAGGAGGUCAAGGAGGAGGAGGAGGAGGAAUUGAAGUUUAAGCUGAAACACAGCAACGAGGUGAUGAUCGGCUCUGACCUUGACAUUGAGCUCGUGGUCACGAACACCAGGGACACGCCCCAGAACGUAAAGCAUCCGUCCAUCAAUGUGGCCCCCAUAUCCUACACGGGAGUUGUAGGAAUCGUAUUUUACAGGAAGCGAUUCGAUUCUCAGGUCGUGAAACCUGGACAAUCCUACUCGUGGAAAGACACAUUGAAGGUGGAUAUGUACCUGCCAAAUCUGAUCGAGCUUGCAAACCUUAACAUCGAGGCCAACACCCUCAUCACGAACCUCUCGGAAAACAAGUACGAGCGGGGUUUUACGACACACGAAUUCCGUUUCCGCCGACCGGACCUUGAUGUGAAGGGUCCCAGUGAGUGUAAACUUGGCAAGCCUGUUGAGUUCAAAGUGUCCUUCAACAACCCGCUCCCAAGGCCACUCGUGGAGUGCAAGAUAUCGAUGGAGAGCGACGCCUUCGAUGACAUCGAGGACGAACGUGUCGAUGAUGUUCCAGCGAAUGGUCUUUUCGAAAAGAAGUUCAAACUGGUUCCAAACCGCAUCAAGAUGCACUCGGUCGAGUUCAGCUUCGACUGUAAGACCCUGGAGGACAUCUCUGGGACCACUUCAAUCACAGUCCUGCCCUGAGCACCUUUUGAGGAACCCUGGUUGCCGUCCAUCACCCUAAGUGGCGCCCGGUCAUAUAAUCUUUGCAGAGUGCAUAUUACGCACUAACUGUUCAGACACUAUUCUUUAUAGAAGUUUACAUUGUGAAUGUUUUAUAGAAGUUUUUUUUCUGUGUACAAAUUAAUGCCGCUUUGUUUCAUAUCUGUGGCAGCUUCUUUUCUCUCCGACAUUUUACAUGUAUGACAUUAUUAUGUUUUAGUCUACUCUUUUUACAUUGUUACUUAUCGUUGAAAAGUGCGAAUUUGGAACAUGAUUGAGAUUUAUAUUUUGCUCAACUGCAUAUUUUUAUGUUCUUUAUUAAGUUCAU